UUUAGUGCUCGGCUGAAACUCACCAUCACAAUCAGUGAAUCAGGACAGCCUGAUAAGAAAGAGUGGGAUUCCAAUUUAGGGCUUUUGCAAUUUUGCCCUAAAUUCCCAAUUCGAAUUUCAAUUCUGCCCACCAACAUGGCCAGAAACAUUACCGAACUUGAAUCCGGCAAUAUUGAUCAGAUUCUAUCAUUAGAGGAAAAUCUCACCUUUAGUGACGCUUUGGUGGCGCUUCGCAUUAUGCGAGAGCAGUUUCCCCAAAUUGACAAGCCGAUUCAGCCGUUCAUCUUGCGGUCACAGUUGUAUAGCAGUGUGGAGGACAGGACGCAAGUGGACCGGGACCUGGAGACUCUAAGAAGGGAGAAAGUGUUGCGCAUUUUCAUAUUAAAUACAGGACAGGAUGAUCAUGCAAUAAUGUUUUUGGAUGACUACCUAUGCCAGGUAGACCGAGUUGUGAAAAGAUUGGAAGGAGAAAAGGAAAUAGAUACUCUUGAAGUUUUUAAGUGGUUCAGAUCGCACGUUGUUGAUUCCAAGCUUGAACCUAGUAUUGAACACCAAGAACUUUGUUCACUAUUAUCUCUUGGAGGAAAGGUGAAAGAUGCUCACAUCUCCCUUUUAAUGAAUUCUGGGCUUCUUACCCGGCAGCUUAUUGACCCAAACAUAUACUGGUUUGCAAUUCCAAAUAUUGGUACAGUACUUAAAGGCCUCUCUCAGUCCACAAACUUUCUAAAUUGGAAAAUUUUCACUCACUAUUUACUCAAGCGUCUUAGAUUCUCUUCACUUGAUAUGAGAUUUCAUCUUCGUGAUCUGAUAGGCUCAGGUCAUCUCAAAACUGUUCAAAUACCAACAGGCAUAGUUGUACGAGUUUCAAAAGAUUAAUUUAUCUUCUCACUGAUGAUUGAAUAUAUAAAAGAUUACAGAGCUUCUCUUCGC